CCCAAAAAAAAAAAAAAAAAAAACUGUCAGAAAUAUCUGCCACCACAGUUAGUUUCAAUUAUUACCGGAAAUAGCCGGUCGUCGUCCGGUUUCUCGAAACCCUAUGCUGCUCAACCAGACUAGCCUCUCAAAGAAAAUAACUUAAACUCAGAGAGAGAGAGAGAGAGAGAGAGAGAGAGAGAGCAAAGAAGACAGAGAAACAAAAAAAUAAAAAAAGAAAAAGAAAUAUUUGUUUUUGUUUUUGUGUGUGAGAAAUGAAAUCUGUGUGUGAGUGAGUGAGCGAGUGUUUUUGUGUGUGUCUCUGUGUGUGUGUGUGUGUGUGUGAGAGGAUGCGUGAAGUGAGCACCCCAUACCCAAUUCUCAGUCAAUUCACGUAUCCCCUGCUAACCUGCGCCAAUUUUAUUUAUUCUGUUGUUUUUUGUUUUUCUGCCAUACUUUUGCAGCUCUCACAGAGUAAGAAGAAGAUCAUGAUAACCUUUCAUUUCAUGAUCGCCAAAACCCAUCUCUUUCACUGUUGCUCUCUAUCUCUCGCCUAAUUAUAUAUCCCCUCAAAAAAAAAAAAAAAAAAAAAAAACCAAAAAUACCAACUCUCUCUCUCUCUCUCAACUUUGAAAGUUUUUAGGCCUUUAUUUAUUUAUUUAUUUUUGUGGUUAUGGCGGAGAGUUUUGAGCCCUACCAUGUCCCACAGCAAAGCAGAAGGGAUAAGCUCAGAGUUGUUGUAGCUCAAACCACCGCUACUCAACCAGUAACCUGUGUAGUCGAACAACACCACCAACAACCGGCUGCUGCUGCUAACUUACAUGGGUGCGCAGGUUUACUCCCUCUCUACGAUCCCACCUCCCUUAUCUCCUCCGAUUUGCUAACCUGCGCCGCCGCUGCCGCCGCCGGACACGAGCCUUGCAAAGGUAACCACCCCCCAGGAGGUGGUGGUUGCGUUGUGAAGGAAGAAGGUCCGAAUUUAAUGGGAUUAGUCGGAGGAGGGAUUGUCAAUAAUGGCGGUUCGUCUUCCAAUAAUUCCUCUUCUUCGAAUUUUCGAAACCCUUAUUUGGAUCCGCAACCUCAUAUGCCUUUGAAUCCAAAUUCUAUUCAGGAUAUUAACAACCACAACCACCACCCUUUUCUUUAUACACCAACAAAUCUCCAAGAUUUUGACCACCACCACGCCUAUAAUGGCGGUGGUGGUGUUGGUGGUAGUGGUGGUGGUGGCCAUGAAGUUGUGGUUUUCAAACCCGAACCGUUGUCUCUCUCUCUCUCUUCUUCUCACCCGACGAACCAGAACAACAACAACAAUAACAGCAACAGUCUUCCUCUGGAGCUGAAUCUUCAGAGAUUUGGGUCCGCCGUUUAUAACAACCAUCAUGGUAUUGUCGGGUCGGGUUGUUCGAAUGAUGGUGCUAAUACCGGGUCUAGGAGUUCCGUACCUCCUGGGCCGUUUACUGGUUACGCUUCCAUUCUUAAAGGAUCCAGAUUCUUGAAACCUGCUCAGCAGUUGUUGGAAGAGUUUUGUGACUUAGGUAGUCGAGGAAUUUACCCUGACAAACUCGCUGCCGAUUCUUCUUUGAUGGAUCCUCCGUUGGAGAGCUUGAGCUCCGGCGGAAUUGUUGCUGAUGAUGAUCCGGUUACUGUUGCAGCGGAUGGUGGAGAUAGUCGGAGGAAAAAAUCCAGGCUAAUUUCGAUGCUUGAUGAGGUAUACAGGAGGUACAAGCAAUAUUAUCAACAGAUGCAUGCAGUUGUAACAUCAUUUGAGUAUGUCGCUGGCCUUGGCAAUGCAGCUCCAUAUGCAAACUUGGCAAUAAAAGCCAUGACUCGACAUUUUAGGUGCUUGAAGAAUGCAAUAACUGACCAGCUUCAGUUCAACAAUAAGGACAGCGCUCAUAUAAAUCAUGGAAAAGAUGAGGCUCCAAUUCUCCGGAACAGCAAUAAAGGCUUGUAUGGCCAGAGACCAAUUCACAACUCGGGAUUCCUCGAGCAUCAACCUGUAUGGCGACCCCAAAGGGGACUUCCUGAGCGCGCUGUUACUGUUCUUAGAGCAUGGUUGUUUGAGCACUUCCUGCAUCCUUAUCCUACUGAUACGGACAAAUUGAUGUUGGCUAAGCAAACUGGACUCUCCCGAAGCCAGGUUUCAAAUUGGUUUAUAAACGCAAGGGUAAGGCUUUGGAAGCCGAUGGUGGAAGAAAUACAUAUGCUAGAAACAAGGCAAGCGCAAAAAUCUUCACAAAGAGAGGAGCGAAACACGAACAAGCCAAGUGAUCAAAUACCUUCGACGAACCCGCUAUCGUCUGAAAACCCAUCUGCCUCCACCCAUAGAGCUCAAGAUAGUGCACCCAAACGUACGAGAAAUGUAAUUCCUGAUAUACCUGUGGGUGGUAAUGAUGUGCAAAUGAACUUAUCUUAUAGCAACUUGCCAAGCCAUCUGCAAGUUGGUGUUGGCAUGAACAUGGGAGGUGCAAAUAAUGGUGUUUCUCUAACACUAGGCCUUCACCAAAAUAAUGUUAUUGGUUUAUCAGAGCCAUUUCCCAUAAAUGCAGCUCAACGUUUCGGUCUUGGCGUUGAGGGAAACAGCGAGGGAUAUGUAAUGGCUGGUUUUGAAGCGCAAAAUCGGCAUUUUGGUAGGGAUGUCAUUGGAGGACAACUCUUGCAUGAUUUUGUGGGAUGAUGAAAGAUGUUUUUCAGUUAAGAGCCUGUCUGAAAAUGAUUGGAUUUGGGAUAUAUAACACUAACAAAGAUGAAUUAGAUGCUCUUUUUAUUUUAUUUUUUUAAAAUCAUUUUUCACUGCCAGAUUCCAAAGUUUGAAAACCAGAGUUGGUGAAAAUUGAAUCUGUAUUACGGUGUAAAAGGUAUGUCCAUCUAUCCCAUUGUAUAUGAUCUUGAAAAUAUGCCUUAUAAAGCGUAAACGAUUGGUGUUAAAUUCUUGUGUAAAGUUAUGUGAUUGAAAAAAAAAAAAAAAAAAAAAAAAAGAAAAAAGGAAAAAAAAAAUUGUACCAUGUCCAAAGAAGACCAAAUCAAAACUGUGUUCGACAUGGCGUCUAAGUUGUGCUUCCAGAUGCGAAUGAAUGCCCUAAUUUUAUGGGGUUUUGCUUUUGCCAUUGUGUUAUCACUUAGGCUUUUUGUGUAACUUGUUGAACCCGAUUUCCUAUGUUUGGAUCGGGCUUUCGAUAUCCAUGGUGUGUGGUGGACAUUUUUCUUCUCUUUCUAUGUUUGAAACCCUUAAUAUGCUGUACUUAUUGUAGAAUUUGUGUUAAGCGGAGACAAUUUUGCUUUUUCUUGCA